UCCAACUCCUAAAUUUGACUCACCAUCACCUGACUUUAAUACCUUGAGCAAAUUCCCAUCACAUCUUCAGCCAUCGUGGGAUGCUUCUAUGCUUCUUCGCAAUCCCAUUGCUUCUUUCUUACGCGAUAUUUCAUCAAAAGCAAGACGAAUCAUUGUUGUUCAUGAUCCUUUAAUGUCCUACAAUGUUCAGGAUGUUUCUUCUUUGUCCAAUGUGGAAUCCUAUGUAUUUAACUGCAUUUCAGUUUUCACUUCAUUCUGUUGGCUAAGCUUAUCUCGUUCGAUGUCUAUGCAACAUGAAGAAGAAUUGCUUGAAAAGCUACCCUCCCUUGAAGGAAUUAUGACAGAUGAAGGCAGGGACUUUUUGACUUAUCAGCACCAGUAUAUGGAUAUUAGAUCAGGUGAUAUCCAUAAUACAAGUAAAGUAAUUGAAGGCAAGUUUCUUGAUUUGUUGGCACAAGCAGAAAUUCAUCUGAACAAGAAGCAAUGGGCAAUUGGACCUAUUCUGCCUAAUAAACUCGACCAUAUCUCAAAUAGGAACGAUAUAUGUUUGGAGUGGUUGAACAAACAACCUCCGAGAUCAGUUCUUUUUAUAUCGUUUAGAACAACAAUUUCCUUUUCUGAUAGGGAAAUCAAGGAGCUCGCGAUGGGGUUAGAGCAGAGUAAACAGAGGUUCAUAUGGGUGUUGAGAGACGCCGAUAGAGGAGAUAUCUUUAAAGGGGAAGCUAGAAAAGUUGAGUUGCCUGAAGGAUUUGAGGAAAGAGUAAAAGGGGUCGGGUUAGUGGUAAGAGAAUGGGCACCACAACCAGAAAUCUUGGUUCAUUCAUCCACUGGCGGGUUCAUGAGUCAUUGUGGAUGGAAUUCAUGCAUAGAGAGUAUUACUAUGGGAGUGCCUAUAGCUGUUUGGCCUAUGCACUCUGAUCAACCAAUAAAUGCUUUCUUCGUGACAGAAAUGUUGAAAAUAGGACUGAUUGUGAGGGAGUGGGAGAAACGCGAGGAGCUGGUGAAUGCAUCCACCAUUGAGAAUGUCGUGAGGAAGUUGAUGGCAUCAGAAGAAGGAGACCUGAUUAGAAAAAGAGCAGAAGAAUUGGGAGAAGCUAUAAGGCAGUCCACAGAGAAAGGGGGAGCUUCUCGAAUGGAGUUGGAUUCUUUCAUCACACAUAUCACAAGAUAG